CCGCCAAAAAAAGCAGCAACCAAGCGAAAAAGUUUGGCAGGCAAAGCCGCCGCCAAGAAAAUUGAAAAGGCUGAUUGGAAAGAAGGUUUCAAAAAGAAACAAGUUGGAGUGUCAGACAUGACUAUGUUGAGUAAAGUUAAUAACGAGGCGAUCAAUGAAAAUUUGAAGAAGAGAUUUGAGAAUCAUGAAAUUUAUACCUAUAUCGGGCAUGUAUUGAUCAGCGUAAAUCCUUUCAAAGAUCUAGGUAUUUACACAGAUGAGAUUUUAAAAAGUUAUACCGGAAAGAACCGUCUUGAGAUGCCACCACAUGUAUAUGCGGUUGCAGAGUCAGCUUACUAUAAUAUGAAUAGUUACCAAGAGAACCAUGGUGAAUCUGGAGCUGGAAAAACUGAAGCAGCAAAAAGGGAAAUCUAUAUUCAGAUUAUGCAAUAUAUUGCAACCGUGAGUGGUGGAAAAUCUUCUUCGAUUCAAGAGAUCAAGGAUAUGGUUUUGGCUACCAACCCUCUACUAGAAAGCUUUGGUUGUGCAAAGACACUUAGAAACAAUAAUUCAAGUCGCCAUGGCAAAUACUUGGAGAUUCAAUUUAACUCUGUUGGUGAACCAGUCGGUGCAGUGAUAACUAAUUAUUUAUUGGAAAAAGGUCGUGUUGUUGGUCAAAUUGAAAACGAGCGCAAUUUCCACAUCUUUUAUCAAUUUACCAAGGCAGCAUCUGAUGAAUAUCGAGAACAAUUCGGUAUUCAGGGACCUGAAAGUUAUCUAUAUACUAGCAGGAGCCAAUGUCUAGAUGUGGAUGGAAUUGAUGACUCCAAAGAUUACUCAGAUACUUUGGAAGCAAUGGAAGUUAUUGGUCUCACACAAGAUGAGCAGAACAAUAUUUUUAGGAUGUUAGCUAUAAUUCUUUGGUUGGGAAACGUGGUAUUUGAAGAAGAUGAUAAUGGAAACUCUGUCGUUAGCGACGAAAAUGUCACGAAUUUUAUUGCUUAUAUAAUGGAGGUUGACGAAGGUGCUUUGAGCAAGGUCUUGACAAGUCGUAUGAUUGAGACUGCGCGUGGUGGCCGCAGAGGUUCAGUAUAUGAUGUUCCAUUGAAUCUAGUUCAGGCUUCUGCCGUGCGAGAUGCUCUUGCUAAAGGCAUUUACAACAAUCUAUUUGAAUGGAUCGUGGAACGCAUAAAUGCUGCUCUGCGUUCUCGGUCUGCUGCUUCAUAUGUUAUUGGUGUUCUGGAUAUUUAUGGCUUUGAGAUAUUUGAAGAGAAUAGCUUUGAGCAGUUGUGCAUUAACUAUGUUAACGAGAAGCUCCAACAGAUUUUUAUUGAACUUACCCUCAAGACUGAACAAGAGGAAUAUGUUAGGGAAAAAAUUAAAUGGACACCCAUCGACUUCUUCAAUAAUAAGGUCGUGUGCGAUCUCAUUGAGGAAAAACGUCCGCCGGGAGUUUUCGCCGCGCUGAACGACGCUUGUGCUACAGCGCAUGCAGAUUCCGAUGCGGCGGACAAUUCUUUCAUACAAAGACUUGGGUCUCUGAGUUCAAACCCUCACUUUGAGUCGAGGGGAAGCAAGUUCUUAAUAAAACACUAUGCGGGUGACGUAUUCUACUCCAUACCUCAGAUGACUGAUAAGAAUAAGGAUCAACUAGUCAAAGAUUUGCUGGAGUUGAUAGCAAACAGUGAAAAUAAGUUCUUAAGCAAGAUUUUUCCACACCAGGUCGAUCGAGAUUCAAAGAAACGACCCCCUACAGCUAGUGACAAGAUUAAGACAUCAGCAAACGCACUAGUGAAUAAUCUCAUGCAGGCACAACCAUCAUAUAUACGUACCAUAAAGCCCAACCAAAAUAAGAGUCCCAUCGAGUACGAUCAAAAGAUGGUGUUACAUCAAAUUAAGUAUCUUGGUCUAAACGAGAACAUUAGAGUUAGGCGCGCAGGUUUCGCUUACAGGCAAACAUUCGAAAAAUUUCUGGAAAGGUUUUAUUUGCUGUCGAAAAAGACAUCAUACGCGGGUGAAUGUAUCUGGCAAGGGGAUCCGAAGUCUGGUUCCGAACGUAUUUUAAAGGAUUGUAACAUCGCUUCUGAAGAAUGGCAGAUGGGAGUAACAAAAGCUUUCAUUCGUCAUCCCGAGACUAUUUGGGCGCUCGAACACCUUCGGGACAGAUAUUGGCAUAACAUGGCAUUACGUAUACAACGUGCUUAUCGAAACUACAUUAGGUACAAAAACGAAUGCGCCACUCGCAUACAAAGGUGUUGGAAGAAAAACAAAGACCAGAUUAUUUACGUGCAAUUACGCGACUAUGGUCAUCAAAUUUUGGGUGAACGCAAGGAGAGGCGAAGGUUUAGCCUGUUGAGCAUGAGAAAAUUUGUGGGCGAUUAUCUAAACGUCGGUGUAGCCGGAGGUAGCGGAGAAGCCAUUAGAAAUGCCUGCAAUAUCAAAUCAAAUGAAACUGUGGCAUUCAGCAGCAAGAUUCAACUUUUGGUUCCACGCCUUGCCCGAACUAGCAAACCGAAGAAAGUCAUAUACAUUGUCAUUUCACAAAUCGAAAAGAAACUUUUAACAAUGAAUGUUGAAAGAAGCAUCAAUCUAACAUCGAUAACGAAAAUCAGUCUAUCGAAUCUUCGUGAUGAUUGGAUGAUAAUUCAUAUUGACAAUCCAACAAAAGAAUUAGGAGACUUGGUAUGCUCGUGUUACUUUAAGACCGAAUUUUUAGUGCAUUUAUUACAACGCACGGGAUCGAGGGUUGAAGUUAACAUAGCGGCGAACAUCGAAUAUACGAAAAAAAUUGGAAAAACGGCAAAAAUCAAGUUUGUCAAAGAUGAAACUGUUCAGAGAAAUGAUGUUUAUAAAAGUCAAACAGUGUCCGUGUGUUCUGGUGAGCCCGCGAAUAGUGUUUCGAAUCCUCCAUGUCAGAGAAAGGAGACUUCAUCGAAACCAAAGGCUGGUGGGAAAACGGUGAAACCAGCAUCUAAGAUAGCAUCUAAGACAGUACCAACUAGGGCGGCACAAACCGAAUCGUCUAGGGUAGUGCCAAAAAGUCCUAAUGAGCAAAAAGCUCCUCGAAAGUCCUCUGAAUCUACAGAAAAAAUUACCCAAAGGACGUCGACAAGUGCUCGGAUACCACCGCCGCCCCCAUCGAGAAAUCCAAUGUACAAAGGACUUUACGAUUUCAUGACAGAGGAUGAUGGUGAAUUGUCAUUUAAAAAAGGCGAUAUAUUAGAGGUAAUGGAGAAAGAUGAUAACGGAUGGUGGCUAGCGAAGAAUGAUGACGGACAAGGGUGGGUACCUAGUAACUAUUUAGAAGAAGUUAAGGUAGCGGCACCGAAACCCGUUCCUGUUCCGGCGAAGCGUAGACCACCUCCACCUCCAGCGCCAGUCCAACAACCUCAAGGAAGGGCAACCUCACCCAGAAGUUUAAGGAAAGACGAAGAGGAAGGCAGUGAUGGCGAGUCGGCAAAUAAUGUUGGUGGUGGUAGUACCAGGAAUAAGUAUGGGAAUGAGAAAAGCGCACCAGUAUCAGUUUUUCCAGGAAUGUCAUCUGGUGGAUGGAAGGCAGCUUUGGAAGCUAAAAAAGCGGCCGCAAGAGCGACCGAAAGCUCAAGUGCUAAUGAAGAAACUGAACAAGAUCAUCCAGUCGCAUCUACGAAAAAGAUCCCAAUUAGUGAUAAUAUUAAUGAAAUCGUCUAUUUUAAGUCUGAAACACCAUCCAAAGCACAACAAAGCCUUGCUGAAGCGGCAACAAGGAACCGAUUGACAGCGGGUGAACAAGAUGAAGAUGAAGAUGAAGAAUGGGAUUAA